CGCCUCGGCUCCCCACUCCGCUCUCCCCGCACCAUCCCUUCCCGGGGCCGUGGGGUCGCCCGGUGGGGAUGGCCCAGGGCCCUUCGAGCCGGCCCUUCUCCUGCAGGGAGGAGGAGGAGGGGGCUGUGGCAGAGGCGGCGUGGAGGCGUCGGCGGCGCUGGGGAGAGCUGAGCAUCGCGGCUGCAGCGGGCGGGGGUCUGGUCGGCCUCCUGUGCUACCAGCUGUACGGGGACCCCAGGGCCGACUCGGCGCCGUCCCCGGGGCGCCGCUCCGAGAGCGUGGCUGCAGAGCCGGAGGACCCGUCUCGCGGCCGGGGGCUGCUUCCCAUCCCGGUGGCGGCUGCCAAGGAGACGGCUGCUGUUGGCAGAGUAGACACUGAAGACUUGGACCUGUACGCUACGUCUCGGGAAAGGCGCUUCCGUUUGUUCGCUUCCAUAGAAUGUGAGGGGCAGUUAUUCAUGACGCCACAUGAUUUUAUUUUGGCUGUUACAACAGAUGAGCCCAAAUUUGCUAAAACAUGGAAGUCACUUUCCAAACAUGAAUUAAGUCAUAUGCUCUCAGAAACGCCUCCUGUUUGGAAGGGCUCAUCAAAGCUAUUUCGAAAUCUUAAAGAAAGAGGUGUGAUUUCUUACACAGAAUAUCUUUUUCUUUUAUGUAUUUUAACAAAGCCACAUGCAGGCUUUAGGAUAGCUUUCAACAUGUUUGACACUGAUGGCAAUGAGAUGGUGGAUAAAAAGGAGUUUUUGGUGCUUCAAGAGAUCUUCAGGAAAAAAAAUGAAAAGAGGGAAACUAAAGGAGAUGAAGAAAAACGUGCAAUGCUGCGUCUUCAACUUUACGGAUACCAUUCUCCUACUAAUAGUGUACUUAAAACAGAUGCUGAGGAACUCGUCUCCCGAAGCUAUUGGGAUACUCUGAGGCGUAAUACAAGCCAAGCACUCUUUUCAGAUCUUGCAGAGCGUGCUGAUGACAUUACAAGUUUAGUAACAGAUACUACACUUCUUGUACACUUUUUUGGAAAGAAAGGAAAAGCUGAACUCAACUUUGAAGAUUUUUAUAGAUUCAUGGAUAACCUCCAAACAGAAGUUCUGGAAAUAGAAUUCCUUUCCUAUUCUAAUGGGAUGAAUACUAUCAGUGAAGAAGAUUUUGCUCAUAUUCUCUUACGAUAUACAAAUGUGGAAAAUACAUCAGUAUUUUUGGAAAAUGUGCGUUACAGUAUACCUGAAGAGAAGGGCAUCACAUUUGAUGAAUUCAGGUCAUUUUUCCAGUUCCUGAACAACCUAGAAGACUUUGCAAUAGCAUUGAAUAUGUAUAACUUUGCAAGUCGUUCUAUAGGGCAAGAUGAAUUUAAGCGUGCCGUCUAUGUAGCUACUGGUCUCAAACUUUCACCACAUUUAGUGAACACAGUCUUCAAGAUUUUUGACGUUGACAAAGAUGAUCAAUUAAGUUAUAAAGAAUUUAUUGGAAUUAUGAAAGACAGACUCCAUAGAGGAUUCCGGGGUUAUAAAACAGUUCAGAAGUACCCCACUUUCAAAUCCUGUCUGAAGAAGGAACUUCAUAGCAGAUAAAUACUCCUACGGCAAAGUUUCAGUGAUUAUUAUCUACAUGAUGAAUGCAAGAAGCAAAAUUUCAGAGAUCUGAAGCAGGUCUGAGAUAUGAACAUGUAGAAAUGAAAGAAAAGGUGAAAAUCCUAUGAAUCAUGACUUUUUCUUGAACUGAAUUCUUGAACACAUAAAAUUUAUCUUUGUACUAACUACAAUGUUGUAUGUUAUCAAGUAGAGCUUUUGUCUUGGUUUACUGAACUUUGCACUUUUUCAUUCCCUUCAGAAGUAUAUAGGUACUUCCAAUGACUAUAUAAAAAUGUAUUUUAAAUAUAUUUUUUAUUUGUUACAAGUUGCCUCAUUUCAAAAUAGUGUAGGUCAGCUAAAAACGUUUUCUUUGCUUUCAAACUGUGAAAUUAUUUUUAGAAAAUCCUUGGGCUUUAUUUAUUUUAGGGCCCUUAGAACUGUUAAUAAAUCCUCAUUAUUUGCUCAUUUUUAAAUUACCUUGAGAUAAUUUUGAAAAACAAGUAGAAAUGAAGCUACUAUAACAUUAUGGUUUACAUUUAACUUUUAAAAGUACUUAAUUUAUAUUGUUUGAAUCAUAACCUGUUUUUUAAAAGUUUUUAUUCACUUACCAAAGUCAACAGAUUGUCUGGUAUUCUUUUAUGUGUAAAGAAAUUUUAAAUGUAGAUUUUUCUUUACCAUAAAGUUAUGCAUUUAUGGUGGAAACAGUGGUAGUUGCUGUAGUAGUCAAUGUUGUUAUUACCUUAACGUGAUGCUGCUCCUGACUGCAGCUGACAUAAGUCAGUAACACUUGUAAAAAUAAUCUUUUAGCUCUUACCAUAUUGCGUAUUAGUAGUACAUGCCUGUGCUGUCAAAUGAGCACUAUAAAAUACUAAUAUAAAAUGGUGUAGAAGACUGAUGUAUAUAUUAGAUAGAAAUUAAUAUUUUGUUUUUUGCAAAAGGACCACAUGCAAAAGUGCUGCCAAACAGCUAGCAAUAAUGAAUAAUUUAAAUAUAACUUAUUAUUUCAAACUAAUGUCUUAGAGAAUGGAAAAACUACUGAAACACAACAAAAUCAGAGUUUCACAUGGAGAAAAUCUGAUAGAACGUAAUGGAAAUCCAUUCAGUCAAAAAAGAAUAGUUUAUUAAAAAUUCUGUAAAAAUACUAUACAAAAUAAAUCAAUAAAUGUAUUAUAUUUCUAUAUUUAUGUGAAAGAUAAGCUCCUUAUCUUCUUUUCUAAUAUAUAUUUAAUGUAAAUUGCACACACUCCAACUAUUGCCUUGCUUUUGCAUAUGAAAAUAGGAAAUACUGACUUUGUUUUCUAAGUGAUUAAAUGUGAAAUUUUGGUAUUUUGCAUUAGCCUAUUUAUAAAAGUAAUGUUCUUUCCAAGAAAAUGUUAUUAUUAGUAUUGACUGUAUUUGUUAGACUUUUUACAUUCUUUUUCUGAUAUUUAUUCCAUUAAUAAAUACAGGAUUCAUAACUGAGAAUUCCAUAAAAUAUAGUAAUUUAAUUUCACUUGCUUUAAAGGUUGAUUUAAUUGGUUAACUAAAUGAAAAUGCCACCCACUUAUGCACCAAGUCUGUUUUACCUCAUACUGAAUGUUCUCAAUAUUACAAUUUGUUAUCCAAAAUAAUUAAAAAUAUGGAAUUUGCUUUG